CUCUCUUUCUCUCUCUUGAAUUUCUCGCACUUUCUCUCCCAUUUUCUAGGGUAACUAUCAAAAACCUAACCCUCCGCUCCAGAAUUUUCUAUAUCCGAACCACAAUCAGAAAACCCUAGGGUUUUCCUAAUGAAAUUCACCACCACCAUAAUGCACAACAAUCCUAUCCUCUCCGCUGAAGAUGAGUAACGCUCGAGAAGAACCAAGCGCGUUCCACACGGUGCAUCCGGAGCGCGACCUAGAGUCCAAUUGGGAAGUGGACGUCGCCAAGAAACUAGAAGAAUACCUCUUGAAGAUUUGCUCCGGCGAGAUCCCCGACGACGGUCACAUCCCUGUCAACUUUGCCGAAGCUGCUUUGCUGCUUCAGGGUUCGGUUCAGGUGUAUAGUAGGAAGGUUGAGUAUCUGUACUCGUUGGUUUUGCGUGCUUUGGAGUUCCUAUCUCAGAAGAGCAGGCAGCAGGAUCAGUUAGAGGGCACAUCAAUCCAGUGUGAAGAAAGUGAUUCCCGUGAAGUUGCUGAUGAUGAAAAUGAUCUGUUUUGGGGCUUAGAUGAUGUCCCAGUGGAAGCAAAGAAUUGCUUAGAUAGUCCAACAAGCAAAGAUGCUCCUUUGAAUCACUUAGUGAAGCCCCCUGCAAACCUAGUUGUUCUUGAAGGUGAUUGCUUAGAUACUACUGCUGAUGGCGGAGAAUUAGAGUCAUAUCUGUUGGCAACCAGCAAUCUUUACCAGGAUUUUAUUCUACUAGAUCCAUGUGAUGCUGUAGCAGUCCAUGAGUUUCUGAAGGGGGAUAAAGCUGGUAAAGGCCAGAAUGGUACUCAUAAACGCAGCUCAGCUCGCAAGAGCUUUCAAUCUCCCUCAAGACGUUCUGGGGGAAGUGCACGUAGGUCAUCUCUUGGAAAGAGACAGGAUGCUAACCAUAAUCAAUCUCCUUUGGCUGAUUGUAGCCUUAAUUUUAAUAAUAAUAAUGCUGGGGCAGAUCCUCCUGCCUGUGAUAAUUUUGAUGACAACAACUGCGGAUUUGAUAUGGAUGAUAGAUAUUCAGAACCUAGGGAUUUGGAUGAUGAUGAUGAUGAUAACAAUCCAUGGAAGCCUUUGAAUCCCCAUGAACCUGGGAACUUGAAAGUGAAGCCUUUUCGAAAAGCAGUAAGAGCUUCCAAAAGGAAUGGGGCUAAUUCUACAACUAGGGUCUCCAUAACUAGACUUUUUCCAACUGCAACAUUGCAUGGUACUAUUAGUCCGGAGCUCUCAAAAAUCUGGGAAAUGCGACGUCAUACUUUUGAAAGACCAGGGGAGUCCCAGUCUCCUCCAUUAUAUGAAAAGUUGCGACAAUCACUUAUUGAUGGAGGACACAAAACUUUCAAUAACGCCUUUCGUAAUCCUGAGGAUGACAAUGAGGAAUACACAUAUGAUAAUGGGAUUCCUGAUUUUGGGGAACCUGAUUUCGACUUGCCAGAGAGUACGUAUAUGGAUGAAGAUGUACCUCUCCACAAUGAUAAGCAUGAUAAUGUUGCUGCUCACUUUGAUACCAAUGAAGCUUUUGGACAUGAAGAUCCAAAUUGUCACACAAGCCUGGAAGAUCUUUGUCGCUCUCACCUAGACGCUCUCCUUGCUAGCAUAGCCGAAACCGAGAAGCAUACUGAAUUGGCUUCCCGGGUUUUGACAUGGAAACAGAAAAUUGAGCACAACUUGGAGGAACAAGAAUCACACCCUCCAUUUGAUAUUCAUGUCUACGGUGAAAGAAUUCUAGACAAACUAUCCCUUGAAGCACACAAUGGGAAUAACGUGUCUUUUGCUGAUGUGGUAAAGGGACAAGAGAAGUACGAUGUGGCUCGAAGCUUUUCUGCACUUCUUCAAUUGGUGAACAAUGGAGAUGUUGAUUUAGAUAGGAGUGGACUUGAUGGAAAGUCAAUCUGUUACACUGCUGUGAAUCCUUUCCACGUUCGUCUCCUCCACCAUGACAAGAAUCAUGAGGAAACAAAACUUGGAGUUUCAAAAAAGAGAGUUGCAUCUCCAACAGGAAAAGAAUGCACCAAGAGUGACAGGGACAAGUCUGGGAAGGAGAAAUCUCCCAUUGUUCGUUCUUCUAGGGAACAUAGAUCAAGAAAUAUGUUACCACAACCGAAUUGCAAAUUUCCUGUGAAACUAGGAACGAUUGGUGGUGUACGGUGCACUCCUGAAGGUAAAAGGAGAAGAAGAUCGAGAUUUAUUGAACCGGUCGACCUACAUUCCACAGGUUGAAACAAACACAAUUGAGUGGCGAUUCAACACCUCUUGUUGGAUCACUCAAGGCUAUUUAAAGUUCCUCGUCAUUCUAGUUCUAGACUACCAACAAUGAUCAACUGUUACCUGUAUUGUUUUUCCUUAACCAGUAGUUAACCUUAUUACUUGGAUGUAGUUGUAAGUGUAUAGAUCCUGUAACACCAUGUAUUUUUUUUUUUUAUCAAGGUGGAAUGAUCUUAUUUUUAUGCUAUAUAGAAU